CAGUCCCCAUUGAUCUUCCAAUAUCUCAGCCUUUCUAUCUACUGCCCUACGGUUCGCUCGAGUGUCAGCAAGUUAAGUGGAUGGUAGCAACGAAGGAAUGGAUUCGCUAUGGAACGCGAAACUAUCAAACACAAACAUCGUGGCGAACUGGAAAAACUCCUUACAUCGAGGCUGGAAAGAAUACAAACAGAGGUCUGAAGAUGUUUUACUGCCUCUAUGCUAGCUGUAACCAAACUUUAAACAACACCAAAGGUGUGUUCCAAUCUCCUGGGUACCCUGGAAAGUACCCGGAUGGACAACUAUGCUCCUGGAGGAUUCUGGUCCCUGUCAAUCACACUGUACUUGUUCAUUUUAAACAGUUUCACCUCAGCGAUGAUAGCAGAAAUGGAACUGAUGUCUUAGAACUUCAAAGGCUUGAAAACAAAAGCUUUGUUUUAAGUGAGGUGUACCAAGGAUAUCAUGAACCCUUCAAGGUUUCCUCGACCAGUGAUUUGUUGUUCGUGUUUCGUUCAGAUAAGGCAAACAGUAGUCAAGGAUUUCAUGCUCAAUACGAAGUAUUUGUACCUGAGCCAGUGGCCACCACAGGAAGACCAUCCACCAGCACUUCACCUUCAACAAUCCAAGAACCAACAAGAAGCCCGCACAAUCCAACAACAGGCUUUGAAUCUGCCAAUGAAACAAAGAACGAAGCAUUGAAAGAUGACRGCAAAGGGACUGGAACUAUACUCCUUAUAGUGAUACCGCUGGUUUGUUUUAUACUGAUCGCGGUUGUUGCUGUUGACAUUUACAUCAGAUGCAGGUCAAAACCGCGAAAGACGAAAAGCAAUGGYAAUUCGAGAAGUGGUGGUGAUCAUCUUGGAGCCGCCGACAAUCUUACCUACGAAAGUCCAGCGGUAAUGCGGAUGAAAAAUAUUAAAAGCACAACAACAGACGACAAAGAACAGCAAGACACCGACAACAGUUACGAAAGACUCAGCCACAUCGCACCAAGACGUGAAGUACCUGAACAAUAUGAUGAACUAAAUAGAUCAUCACAGCCAAGUUCCACUAACAAUAUGUCCCUACCUGAGAAUGACCCCGAGAAUUUUUAUCAUGUACUCGAGGGUACUGAUCAGUCGGUAGAUGACGAGACGAUGUAUCAAGUAAUCGAUAAAGACCCGUGUGAGGAUGAUUUGUACGAAAGGAAUGUUUUGUACGACAAUGUGGCUUAGAUAACUUCAUGCCAGGGAAAACAAAAAUGCAUACAGGACGAUAAAUAACUCAUAAACAAAAACAUCAAUGUUUUAAUUGCUGGUUUGAUUCAAUUAAACUUUCAUUUUAUAAUUUUUAUGAUGCCAGAU